AUGCCUAAUAUCAACCCUUCCCGCAAAACUGUGUUGGGGACUGUCGGCGCAGCUUUAGCGUUUUACCAUAAGAACUACGGCGAUGCCCAUGGCCUAGGAGGACGAGUGACUGAUAUGGUGAAUGUUGCGUACUCGUUCAAGUUCAAGUUCACUCACUUUAUCGUGCUAGCGGCGUUUGUGUUUGCCAACUUUGUCAAAUGGGCGAUUUUCGGUAAGUUGACCGAUAACGAGGUGAGGAUUCUUAAGAAUAAGGCCGGCUAUACCGCUUGGGAGUUUGUAUUUGGACUUUUGGUGUUUUAUAAUACCACUCCAAGCUUUUUUGAUAUCCAGAGAGAGGUGCUUAAGUAUGGUUGCCUCUUCUUUUGCGUGUUGCUCGUGAAAUACUUCCAUUACUUGACCGCUGAUAGGGUCCACACAUUGUACUGUUCGCCACAAGUGAUACAGGCUGCUUUUGCAGGUAAGCAUAUUCAUCUACGACUUGCUCUGGGGCUUUUGCUUAUUCUCCUCGUGGAGGGCCUUCUUAUAUUUCAAUACUUCCAGGAUAUCAUCAUGAAGAACCAUCUGAGUGAAAACGUCUUGGUGACAGUGUUUGGGUUCGAAAUCAUGAACCAGUCGCCAUUGACAGUGAUUACCCUUUUACAGUUCAUCCUCGACCUGAUAGAGUCGAAAAGAGGGUACUCAGACUCGGAAUACUUCAAAAAGCGCAAACUACGACUCAUGUUCGUGGCUGACUUUAUCUUAAACGUGCUUCGUUUCGUCAUGUCUUGCAUCUUCACUUUAAUUUUCAUGUAUUAUUACACUUUUCCCCUUGAAGGUAGCGGUUCUCAAAACGAGAAAUCUCGUCAACUUCCGCAAAAAAGAACUUAUGAUACAAAGACUCCAAAAUCCGACAAAGGAAACCCUCGAGCAGAAGUGUAUCAUCUGCUAUGA